AGAAAGCACGAACGAAAAACAUAUAGCAUACCAACUGAAAUGGGGGCUUCUCUAUCAGAGCUAGAGCAGCAGCACCAACAUCCUCUGGGGGCUUCUCUAUCAGAGCUAGAGCAGCAGCACCAACAUUCACAGUCACAGCCAAAAAAAAAGCAUCACCAACCAAAAGAACCACCAAUCAAAACUAAGGUAAAACUACGAUUAUCUUCCACAGGGAAAAACUUGUUGCUGUCUCCUCAACAAAACAUAGAACCCUCCAGAAAGGUGGUACAAAAGGGCCCAGCUGUAAAAGCCAAAUAUGAGACUCAAUCAGCACAACUAAGUUUUCCUCACAUUUUUGAGCGCAUAUUAAGGGAUGCAGACUCACCAGUUGAUAGAUCUUCCAAGGAAAAGUUGUUUGAUCAACUACAUGGUGGUGUGUACUUACAUGAUAAAACUAAGAUGUAUUGGGUUGAUAAGAAGACCAACGCCAACUGUUUUGUGUUGUUUCCAAGAGCACUAUCAAUCACUUGGGCAGAGAAUCCAAUUUACUGGAAAUGGAUAGAGCGAAAUAAUGAAGGGCUGCCUGAGGUAGUUGAACUGAAGAAAGAUUGUUGGCUAGAAGUGCAUGGAAAAUUUGACACUAGAAUGCUUUCACCAGGAAUUUUAUAUGAAGUUUUAUUUUAUGUAAAAAUGAAAGAUCCGGUUCAGGGUUGGGAACUUCCGAUAAAUGUGAGACUUGUUCUUCCAGGAGGAAAGAAGCAGCAAGGCAAGGUGAGUUUAAUGGAGAUGUUAAGGGGAAGGUGGAUGGAAGUUCCGGUAGGUGAGUUUGUAGCAUGUGAGAAAGAUGGUGGUGAGAUGGAGAUAUCUUUGUUUGAAUAUGAUGGUGGUAUAUAUAGUUAUGUGGGGUUUGUCAGCGGAGGCAUUGUAAUCAAACCAAAAGAAUGAGGAAUAUAUAGUUAUGUAAUGUGGCAAUAAAGCUUAGUUUCUUUUGUAAUAAAUAAAACAGACAAAUCACCAUGAAUAGUCCUUUGGAUUGUUCAUAAUAUUAUGCAUACUAUACUGCAGUGUGUCAUUGUCAGAGGAGGGGUGAUGGCUCUAUGUUUGACACACAUGGGACAUUUGUCUCUGGCAAUGUUUUACAUAAGCUGCCCCAACUAGUAUCAUAUAUUUUUAGUGUUGCUCUAUAUAUUUCUGUUGAGUGUCUAAA